UGUCACUUUGUUUACAGUUCUUUCAGUUUUAAUAUUUUUUCACAAAAAGAAAUCUUUUAAUAUGGACAAAACACGUGAUAAGGUGUUUCGCCGUAAAGAUAGUAUAACGAGAAUACCUAAAGUGUACGAAAACGGACGCAAGGAUGUACCCCGUCCUAGAAGUAGAAGUGUUUUUACCAGUUCUCAUGCUAGCGACGAUCUACAAACUAGGGACAUAGUGAGAUACGAGGGCCAAACUCCACGGCCUCCGUACGUUCCAAAACCAAUUACAGUGAAAAAUUAUUUUACAGAAGAUUACAAUGAUAUUUAUGCAGAUGAUCAUACAGGCGGUACUACAAUAUCUCCUCACGGUAUUAUUACCAUGCGCCUUCGCGAAUACAUACGUGUGGAUUUAUCGUUAGAUCGGGCCAUUCGCAUUUCGAAUACGAAAAACGGGAUUGUCUUAGCAUUGAGCGCGAGCGGGAGUUCCUCAGGUUUGAUUCAUCCCAAUGGACGAGUGUAUCAAUACGGUUCCAGAGUAGAAAUUAUGGCAAACGAUAGUCAAGGCAACGAUAAGUUUGCAAAAAUGUGGUAUAAGGGUGUAAGUUUCACUAGUAUACAAUGCGCGUUAGUUUAUUUGGUAGAUUCUGCUGGAACGAGGACUACCACAGAUACAUUCAACGAUUUAACCCAUGAUUUUACCCUUAAUAUUUUUUAUGAGGAUUCGCUGUAUUCCUACCUUGACAAUCCCAGCACGACCCACACAACGCAUUUAGUGAACGAAGCCAUGACCAUACUCCAGGCUACUAAUUGUUGGAUGACCGAGGAUGGAACUACAAACUGGAUUAUUAAUAAUGUCAGAAUUUCUCAAACAGCAGAUGGCCUUGUGAGAGUUGGUAGAAACAACAAUAAAUUUUCGUUAAGAACAUCUCCAACGAAUGGUUCAGCAUCGGUAUCGUCGCCGUACAUGCAUUGCACCGGUUCAAUGGGUCAAACGCGCCAUUUGUUCGUGAGACGCGGCGAGCGUCGCAUGCACUACGACGGAUCCACGUUCAUCGUGAGAAAUGCUGGUCACUCCGCUGGAUUUGACGAAAAACACCAAUUGAAAGUUUACUAGUGUUUUUUUAGUUUCAUUCGAUGACCGGCUCAAUUUUUUUCGUAGAAUUUUUAUUUGGCCGGCAAAUCCAAUCAUUUGUUCUUUCGUAAUUGCAAUGUUUGUUUUGUCUAUUAACUGCUAGCUAGAAGCCAAAUUUGUGUAAACGCUUUGCGAAAUCGAAAAAUGUAAUUUGGUUUAUGCGGGGCGAUUUGAAUUUAGUGGUGGUUUUUUCCCGGGAAUUGAAGCAUAUGUAAGUCGUAACACCUUGGUCGUUUUUAAAUGAAACCGAAUAGUAUACCUUCGAUCUGUUCGUAAAUAGUGGAAGUUGUUUCAUUUGGAAAAACUCGCGCGAUUUGUUAGAAAGUUGUAAUUCAAUUCUAAAGUUUUUUUACAUUCUGAUUUUUAAUUUGUCGUCAAUUUACUUUUUGAAAUGUGAU